AUGAAUAAAACUUAUGAUUCAACUGACGAAGGAAUCAUAAAAUAUUAUAGUCAUUUGGGAUUAUACACUAAGGACUGUAUAUUUAGAAAUUGUAAAUUAGCUUAUUAGGGUGCUUUUAUCAAAGUUGGUACUAAUAGUGGAAGUUUGAUGGUGAGAGCUUCUUAUGAAGAUAAUGGCUCAUCUUUUUAUAAUUUGAAAGGAUCAUAUGGUUCAGUAGUUUCCUGUAUAAGCUGUGAUUUAAAAUUGAAAAAUACCAUUAUCCAUGAUGUUGAAGCUGAUUAUUAAGGAGGGGCAUUAUAUUUUUAAGGAAACAGUAGAGCUAAUCUUGAAAAUAUAACAGCAUUUAAAAUACAUUCAAAUACUUUUGGUGGGUUUUUAUCUAGUGAAAAGGAGAUAUAGGAAACAGUCAUAAGGAUUUCAAAUUCAAAAAAUUUUUCAUAGUUAUCUUCUUCUUCAGGUGGAUUUGCCUAUUUAAACAAUCCGAAUUCUUCAUUGAUACUAUUAAAUGUAGAUCUCUAUGAUAUUAAAGCAAAGAUUUAAGGAGGAAUAUUUUAUGUAAUCGAUUCUAAUAUUAUAUAGCUUGAAAAAUCCAGAUUUUAUUAAUUCAAUUCUUUAAUCGGAGGUUUCAUUUCUUCUUCCUCAUUCUUUUUGAAAAUGUUGAUGCUUUAAUCAAUUAUUGUAUGUGAUAAAAACUAUCAAUAAAAUUUAGAUUUUGAAGCAUUAUCUGGAGGUAACCUUUAUUUAGAUAAUAAAGCUUAAUUUUACUUGUUUAAUAGCAUAAGCCUUAUCCUUAAAAACAAUAAUUUCUAAAAAUGUGGCUAUUCUCCUCAAGGAGGUUUGUUUUCAUUGUAGAAGACAACGCUUACUGACUAUAAUUCAAUAUAUUAAAAUAUCACAGGAAAAUUUGGAGGAGUCUUUUAUGCAUAAGACACAAACAUUUCCAUUACUCAAUCAUAAUUCAUAGGCAAUUCAGCAAAGACAGGAGGAGUCUUUUAUAUCGUAUCAAAUUCAAACUUAAGUAUAUCUUACUGCUAAUUCUAACUAAAUAAAGCAAUUUAAUCAGCUGGUGUAUUAUAUGUUUCUACCUAAUCAAUCUUCAAUAUAAAAGGAAGCAUAUUUUCAGAAAACAGUGCUGAGGAAAACUCAGUAAUUGAAGUUCUUAACACUUUUCAAUCUAAAAAUUUGCUUUUGGGAUUUGCUAAUAUUACAAUUUUAAAUACUUAAUUUCAAAGCAAACCUGUGAGAAAUUAAGCAUCAAUUAGUGAUUAAACAACUGGUGCAUUUAUAUUUUUGAUAUUUGAUGUUUAAAUUGAUAUUGAUGGCUGCAAUUUUUAAAGUGGAUUCUCUAAUUAAGGAGGUGCUUUAUAUAUUUCAGGGGAUAGCAUUAUUAGUAUCUCAAGAUCAUUGUUUAUAAAUAAUCAAGCAAAUUCAAAAGGCGGAGCUAUAUAUGCCUCUGGUUUCUAAAGUAUCUAUAUUGGAGAGGGUACUAAAUUCAUUGAUAAUUUUGCUUAAGAUAAUGGAGAAGAUAUUUACGUUACGAACUCGAUAAGCAAUUUGACACUGAACAAUGUCUUAAUUUAAAAUCUUAAUUCUAAAAAUUCAAUAUACAUUGAAUAGGCAAUAUUACUUGCUGAAAGUUUGUUUAUUAAUUUAAAAAGCACAGUGGGUGGAGCAAUUGCUAUUAUAGAAGUUGAUAUUAAUAAAGGGACAACAUAAUAAUAGAGGGAAGAAAAGUUUUUAAUAUCAGAUACAAAAUUUUAAAACUGCACUGCUUAGAUUGGUGGAGCAAUUUAUGCUGAGAAUGCAUAAUCAAUUAAGAUAAUUAAUUCUACUUUUUCUCAAAAUUAAGCUAAAAUUGAACAAUAUAGCAUCAUAUUGUUAGUAAACAAAGGGUCAGGAGGAGCAAUAUAUUACACAUGCAAUAGUUAAUAACUUAAUUGUAAAAUUAAAUUUGAAGGUUUCAAUAUAUUCAAAGAAAAUUAAGCUGAGGUCAAAGGUGGAGCCAUAUUUUGGGAUUAGCUAGAGCCAGAAUUUAGUAGUGAUGGCUUAUUAUACUCCAAUAAUAAAGCUAAACUUUAUGGAAAUGAUAUUGCUUGCUAUUCAUAGAAUUUGUAAUCUAUUACUAAAUAGGAAUAUUUUAAUCAAAUGAUUAAUAUUGGAUUAUUCUAAGAUGAUUAUUUUCAAUAAAGAAUUUUAGAAAUUGAGAAAUAGAAUAAAUAUCAUAGAUAACUUGAAGAAAUUAAAUUUUAAAGAAGUGGUGGCCAAAUACCAAUAAUAUAUUUAGCUCUGAAGGACAAAUAUGGGCAAAUAGUUGGAUCUGAUUUUUAAAGCAAAGUUAGAGUAAAUAUUGAGACAAAUAGUUCUGAUCAAUAGCAGAGUUUAUAUUCACCAAUCCUUGAGGGUUUUAUAACUUUUGAUAUGAUUGGGGGUAUUGCAGUUAUAUAAAAUUUAUAGAUAACAGGCACUCCUGGUUGCUCAUACAACCUUACUUUUACAACAGAUGGGAUAGAUUUGACAAAAAAAUCUAAUUAGAUAAAAAUGUAAGAUUUAGGUAAAGUAGAUCUAAAUUUUGGUUUGAAAAUAAACUUGAGAGAAUGUGAAAUAGGGGAAUAAUUUACAGUCGCAGGAAAAUGUAUCAAAUGCGAGCAGAGUUUUUCUCUGAUAAAAAUGAAAGAACCAGGUAAUUGUUAAAUCUGCCCAACUGAAAAAGCAAUAUGUAAUGGAGGUGCUGAAAUUGGGCCACUACCAGGAUUUUGGAGAAGUAGCAAUUAAUCUUAAAAUUUUAUGCUUUGCCUUCUUGAAUAAGCUUGCUUAGGAAUGAUUGCUCCUAAAAAUAAUCCAUUAGGUGAAUGCUUAUAAGGAUAUUAAGGCAUACUCUGUGCAGAUUGUUAGUGA